AUGGCAUGGUUGUUGGAUGAGGGCUGUAAGGAGGUGGUAGAGAGGGGUGGCAGGAGGGGUGGCAGGAGGGGAGGACGGAUGGUUUAUCACACUGUCAGAAUUAUUGUGUUGGAGGCCCAAGAGGAUGUGUUUUGGAGACAACGAGCAAAGCAACAUUGGCUCCGUGGUGCAGACACCAACACUAAGUUCUAUCACAGGUAUGCCUUUACCCAUAGAAAAAAGAACUAUAUUGCUAGUAUAAAGAAUGAUGUUAGUGAUUGGGUUGAGGGCACCGAUAUGCAUGCGGCGGUUUUGAGAUAUUUUACGGGUAUUUUUACUUCUAAUAAUUUGUGUUGUGAUGAUCCCCUUUUUGAUGAUUUUGCCCCUCGUGUGUCUAAUGAGCAAAAUGUGAUGUUGGAUCGCCCAUUUAAUGGGGAGGAGGUAAAAACAGCUUUUUUCUCAAUGUUUCCGGAUAAAGCACCUGGCCCGGAUGGAAUGAAUUCAGGCUUUUAUCAACAUUUUUGGUCAGUAGUUGAAGAGGAUGUAACUCGGUUUAUAACGCAUGCGUUAAACUCAGGUGAGUUCCCAGAAGGGUUAAAUGAUACCAACAUAAUUUUAAUUCCCAAGACGGAAGCGCCCGAGACAGUUGCAGAUUUAAGACCGAUUGCCCUAAGUAAUGUCACGUAUAGAAUUAUGGCUAAGAUGUUGGCCAAUAGAAUGAAAACACUUAUGGGUAAUCUUAUCUCUGAGUCCCAAAGUGCUUUUAUUCCUGGCAGGCUAAUAACGGAUAACAUCUUGGUCGCGGCGGAGGUGGGACAUUACUUAAACAGGAAACAGUGUGGAGCUGUGGGCUGGAGUGCAUUAAAAUUAGACAUGUCAAAAGCUUAUGACAGAAUGGAGUGGUCGUUCCUGGAGAGGAUGUUGGUUGUUUUAGGGUAUAGUGAGAAGUGGAUCCAGCUUAUUAUGCUAUGUGUGACAACUGUGAAUUAUACUGUGAUGGUUAAAGGUGAAGUAGGGGGACGGGUCAAACCGACUCGUGGUCUAAGACAGGGGGAUCCUCUCUCCCCUUAUUUAUUCAUUAUCUGUGCUGAGGCGCUUUCGAUGUUGUUGCAAAGGGAACAGGGGACAGGAUCAAUACAUGGGUGUAGAGUCGCCAGGGAGGCACCCCCAGUAUCACAUCUGUUUUUUGCAGAUGAUAGUCUGCUUUUUUUCAAAGCAAAUACUCGGGAAGCUGGUGUCAUUAUGCAAUGUUUGGUAAGGUAUGAGAAGUUGUCUGGGCAGGUGGUAAACUAUAAUAAAUCCAAUAUAUGUCUUAGCCGGAAUACUGCAGGAGUGGACAGAAUGCAAAUUGCAGGGUGCCUGGAUGUUGAGCAGGCAGACAAUUUUGGAAAGUAUCUUGGCCUGCCAUCAUUUGUGGGCAGAAAUAAGAGAGCUUUUUUUCUUAUGUGGAGGAAAAGAUUAGGCAAAGGAUUGGAUCAUGGAGAAUUAAGAGCUUUUAACCUGGCUAUGUUAGGAAAACAGACAUGGAGUUUUCUUACCAAUCCAGGAUCACUUGCCGCAAGAAUAUAUAAGGCUCGCUAUUACCCCACUACUGGUUUUGUUGAUGCUACUAUUGGGAGAUGCCCGAGUUUCUGUUGGAGGAGUAUAAUGGCGGCUCACCCAAUAGUCACGGCUGGGGUGCGACGCAGGAUUGGGAAUGGACAGUCAACUCUGAUAUGGGGUCAUCCAUGGUUGCCGGAUGAUCCUAGCCCCUUGGUACAAACAAAUAUGCCAGAAGAGUUAAGAGAGGCGCGAGUGGCAGGUCUAAUUGAUCCACAAACAAUAUUGGAUGGGGACCCAAAAGGGACAUAUACAGUAAAAAAUGCUUAUAGGCGAAUUGUGGGUGAUUUUGAGAGUAACCCAGGAACUUUUGAUAAAUGGGUGAAGAUGUGGAAGUUGAAAGUCCCACCUAAAUGGAAGACUUUUUUGUGGAGAGCCAUAUGUGAUAUCCUACCCACUGCCACUAAUUUGAUUAUUAAAAGAGUGGAAGUGGACCUCUUUGCCCAAUAUUCCUUUUCAACAUGGUUAACGGCGGCUAUGACGGUCCUAACGGAGGAGCAAACACGACUCAUGAUAGCGGUCCUAUACAGUAUUUGGAGAAGCCGCAAUGCGGCGGUGUGGGAACGGACCAUGGUGCGGCCAGCCGAUGUGGUCAGGGGUGCAGCAGUGGCGGAAAGGGCAUUCAGCGCAGCACACUGCCGCCAUCCACUGCCGGAGCCUACGCCAAACUCGGGCCAAGACCAGCACGAGACCGGCGCCACUUUACGUUGCUAUGUGGACGCGGGGUUUCGCCAAGGAACCAGGGAGGCCACGUAUGGAAUUGUUCUAAUAUCACCCGAGGGGUCCUUCGUACCGGCAAAAAAGGGCAAAUUGCCGUUUGGUAGUUCACCACUCAUGGCUGAGGCGCUGACCUAUAAGGAGGCGCUUUCUUGGCUUGCAUAA